CGUCGGUGCCCUGCUAGCCACACAGGCUAACUCCACACAGAUCGUGUUGCCUGUCACUAAAACGAGCUCCGCGCGUUAGUUAACGUUACAUGUGGACUUCCGUAGAGCAGAUACUGCUUCAGAAACAAGCAGGUGUUCACCCCCCCACCCCCUCCGUGUGUCUGUGGCUGUAGGAGCGGGCUGUGCGGGGCAAUGCAGCGGGUCGUCGGGCUCCUCGCAGCGGUGCUGUCGCUGCUGGCGGAGCAGUGCUGGGCGGACGGCGGGGGCCCCAGCCUCGCUGAGCGGGUGAUCUGGGCUGUAAACGCCGGGGGAGAAGCACAUGUAGACGUGCACGGUAUUCACUUCAGGAAGGACCCGCUGGAAGGGAAGCUUGGCAAAGCGUCUGAUUAUGGAGUGCGUCUGCCAAUACUGCGCUCCAGUCCCGAGGACCAGAUCCUGUAUCAGACGGAGCGAUACAACGAGGACACUUUCGGAUACGAUGUCCCCAUCCGCGAGGAAGGAGACUAUAUACUCGUUAUGAAGUAUGCAGAAGUUUACUUCGCCCAGUCGCAGCAGAAGGUGUUCGACGUGCGUCUAAACGGCCACGUGGUGGUGAAGGACCUGGAUAUCUUCGACCGAGUGGGUCACAGCACCGCCCACGACGAGAUCGUCCCCUUCUCCAUCCGACGUGGCAAGCUGAGCGUGCAGGGGGAGGUGUCCACUUUCAACGGCAAGCUCACCGUGGAGUUUGUAAAGGGUUAUUACGACAACCCCAAAGUCUGCGCUCUCUACGUGAUGAAGGGGACAUUAGAAGACGUGCCAAAACUUCAGCCUCACCCCGGCCUGGAGAAGCCCGAGGAGGAGGACGGGGAGGAAGAGGAGGAUAGCGAGGGAGGCGAGGAAGGUGGGAAGAUCAAGGUGACGCCAGGUUCCAAGAACAGGGUCCAGUCGGGCCCCCGAACACCGAACCCGUACGCCGCCGACAACAGCAGCCUAAUGUUCCCCAUCCUGGUGGCGUUCGGGGUGUUCAUCCCCACGUUGUUCUGCCUCUGUCGGCUGUGAGCCGCGACGGACGUGAGACUAUGAAGAGCGAGAGAGCGAGAGAGAGAGAGGGGUGAGGGAGGGAGGAGGGGGAGGCAGGGGAGGGAGGGUCAAGGUGACAACAACAGCAGGUAAAAGCAAACACACACACAGGAGGACAAAAAGAGACUUUUCGGAAAGCCACUCAUGAGAUGAAGCUGCUGUCAGAUUCUCGAGGAAGGAGCCGAAUGCUGUUCGCUUCGUUGUGAAAUGUGUCGCAUCAACUUCUGCUGAACAAUGUCCGUCAUUCUCCACAGAGAGAGAGAGAGAGAGAGCGCCCGUCUUUUUACGGUUUCAGAACCAUAAUUUUCAGCAGCUAACGGGAACGCUCGGGGAGCCGAUCGGUCCGGGGGGCCCUAACGUUUUAUAAACUUUAAAAAAAAAAAAAAUUAUAAAAUUAUAAUAAAUUAAAAAAUAAAUUAAAAAAAAUAAAAAAAGCAUUGUUUUUUUUGUACCGGGGUGUCGCAAAGGAACGCACACUCUUUGUUUUAACACUCCUGCUCAGACACCUUCGAAUUGGAAACGGUGCUGCUUAGAAAAUCAAGAGUCAGACGGUUAGUGGAAAAAUACAGUCGCCAUUUUUUUUCUCAAGUUUUUAUUUUCUGUGUCUUUCCAAUCGAAUUUAGUUUAGUCCUUUUUUUUUUUUUUUUUUUGUUCGACGUGCCAUCAUCUACCUGCCAUACGUUGUCGAGAGGAGAGAAUAAUUGAUUAUCUGCUGUCUAAGUCGCCUUUUUUACGUAUCACAAACCUGUUGCCGACGAGUGCUGACGCAUAAAUCUCAAAAGUGUCCUCAACAGUGAUCACAAAGUAUUUCUUUUUAUCCUUUUUUUUUUUAAAAUCAUAAAAAGUGAGAAUGUUUCAACCUUCAACAGUUUCAUUCAGUGAGAGCAAAGUUUAUGCUGUGAAAUGCUGAAAGCGAGUCGCGAUCUUUAACGACGUGUCUUUCUGUGAUCUUUCGCUCUUUCUUUAUUCUUUAUGCAUGCCUGCCUUUUUGUUUCACCAAAGAAUGUCUUUUUGUUUUUUGUUUUGGUUAGAAAAGGAGAAUCUGGUGGCUGGAAUCGACUCUUCCUAAGUCUUAUGCUAUGCUACGUGUAUGUUGAAGAGACGACCACAUCGUGAAGAUGGAUAAAAUAUAUAAAAGCGCCACGUAUGAAUAGAAGUCUUAAGUUAACUAAAUAAGCAAAAUUUACAUCAAUCGUUAGUUAACUCAAGAUGUUGCUUUUAUCUUUCAACCAUCUUUAAACUGUUUUCGUCUUUCCAACAUAGAGGGAGCAAAAAGGGGCGGGGCUUAGGAAGGGUCAAUUUAAUUAUUAAUUGAUUUAGAGAGUUCGCCACUUUUUACAUUUGUUUUUUUUUUGUUACAAAUUUGUGUUUUCGCUGUACGACAGAAACACCGUGUUGACUCUGGCGGGCCGUGACCUUCAGUCCUCCGGUCGCCGCUGCUCAAUGUUAAUAUAAUACCGGUUGUAUGAAACCUCCCUACAGUUCCUCUGUGUGUUCAUCCAUCUGCAGCCAGAGGCCAGAAAGCACAACAGUAGAAAAUCAAAUGUUUACUAGAUGUUACAAAUUUACAUUUAUUGUGUUUUCUUCACUCAGCCUUUUCAAAUCUGUUGUCUUAAAUCUUUUAAAUGUGGACAUUUGUUGAUUCAGUGUGAACUUUCAGUGCAAUUAAGCUACUUGUUCUGGUCCUUGAAUUAAUUGAGCAAACUGGGGACAAACGUUUAUCCUUGAGCCUUUUUUUUUUUUUCUUCUUCCACGUGGCCACAUUAUCAGAGUCCUACGGAAGCCUGUUGCUGCCAAUGUGAGGGGAAAAAAGAGAUUCUGUAAGUCGUUAUAAUGAGAAACUUUAUCACAAUAUUCACUUAGUAUCUCAAAAUAAUGAGAAACUCAAUAUUUUGACUUAGUUUCUCAAAUUUCUUUUAAACUUUAUCAAAAUAAUGAAAACUAAUUCAAAAUAUUGAGUUUCUCAUUAUUUUGAUAAAGUUUAAAAAAAAAAUUAUACUAAGUCAAAAUAUUGAUAGUUUCUCAUAAUUUUAAGAUACUAAGUCAAAAUAUUGAGAAACAAUCAAUAUUUUGAGUUAGCAUCUCAAAGUGAUGAGAAACGUUAUCAAAAUUAUGUGAAACUAAUAGUCUAAUUUUUUUUCAUAAUUUUGAGAAAAAUUCUCAAUUUUAAUAGUUUCUCGCUAUUUUUAGAUGCCAAGUUAAAAUAUUGAUAGUAUCUCAAAAUAAUGAGAAAUUUUCUCAAAAUUAUGAGAAACUCAAUAUUUUGACUAAGUUUCUCAUUUUGAGAUACUAUCAAUAUUUUGACUUGGCAUCUAAAAAAAUAAUGAGAAACUUUCAAAAUGAUGAGAAAUAUUCUUAAAAUUAUGAGAACAUUCCUCAUUACUUUGAUAGUUUCUCAUUAUUUGAAGAAACUAUCAAAGUAAUGAGGAAUGUUCUCAUAAUUUUAAGUUGGCAUCACAAAGUAAUGAGAAACUUUCUCAUUAUAAUGACUUACAGGAUGUUUUUUCCCGUCACAUUGGCACCAAAGAGCCUCCAUAGAGUCCACUUCGACUGUGAUACCCCCUUUUUGUAGUUGUUUUUGCUUUCCUACGGACUGAAAAGCAGCUUUGUUCUUCAUUUUUUCGUGGAGUCGCGUUGUGAACCCUCCUAUUUAUGUAUCUAGUUACCUCCCUUAAGUGCUUCGCUCUACUCCGAGGACGAUUUUGUAACUUUGCCUGUCUCACUAAUGCGUCUUAAAUGUCCCCCGACCCCUCCGACCCCCUCCCUCCCUGUCAGUAUUGCUGUCGACCAUAUGCAGUACUUGAAAAACGGUUAAUAAUUCAGGUGUCGUGGAUCCUUCCUCACUCCUCGAUUCCCCAUUUUUGAUUGAUGGCGAGCGAGAAGAGCCAGAAAAUAUUCGGUCUGUUGUUGUUUUUUUUUUAGGGGUUUGUUGUUGUUUUUAUUUCUUUUUGCAUAUUUAAGACCAUCUAGGCUUUUUGUUUGUUUGUUUCUCCUCUGAAAAGAUGCAAAAAGUUCAUUUAAUUGAGCACCAAAGUCACCGCGUUCUGUUCCUCUGCGAGUCUACACAGCUGCGUCUGUAUAUAAAGGUACAAGAUCACACUUUUUUAUCGUGUGACGGUUUUUGUUUUCAUCACUUUUGUGUUGUAGCUGAGGUCUUUUUCUUUUUCUGGAGGGGGGAGUUUGUUUUUUGUUUGUUUUUAAUUUUUCUCCUGAGGAAGACUUUGUGGCCUUUCUCCUGGGGAGGAACGGUUGUUGGUACAGAGUAUAAAAGAAGAAAUUUAACGGGCAGACGAAUGAACUGACUGUCGGGUGGGGGGGGAAACAAAAGUUAAAAUAAAUGAGAUUAUGUCUGAAAAUGUGGGAUCUUCCAGUCUAUUCUAUAUAUAAUUUAAAUCAGAGUGUGGGGGGGGUGAUCUGGAGAUAUUUUAUAACACGCUUGUAUGUUUGAAUUCUUUUCCUCAGGAUCUGUUUUGAGUUUUUAAAAGCGUUGAUAUUUUAUUGGUGUGACAUUUUUGCACUGCCUCGUGUAUUUUAAAAUCAUGUCCUUUGUUUGUUUGUGUGUUUGUCUCUGUUGCCUUGAAUUAUUGAAUACAUUGUGCUUUACCAUCA